AUGCCCUCAGAAAAACAAAAGGUUUACAGGCUGAGUAACAUCCCAGCCGAUGCUGAUCGACAUACAGUCUUCCAGCUCCUAGUUCAAGCUCUGAGCGAUGUUUCAUACGAAAAUAUUCAGCUAUUCUCACUGGCUUUCUCCAUCGAUCACCUUGACGGGUCACGAUCAAAAUUGGCAACACUUACGUUCAACAAAGUCCCAAAUAUUGUCAAAGAUGAACCCAACAAGUCACAAUGGAAGCUCCAGCUUCCAGGUCUAUCUAACUCCCUGAUACUUGACACUCAUUUCCUUGGGUUCACUCCCUUGAACGACGUAUCAGCUGAAGCGCAAAUCUGUAGCUGUAUCGCAAUUUCUGGUUUGUCCAGCCACCCAUUCGGCUCGUGGCAGCCCCACGGAAGCGACAAGAGUUUCAUGUGGAUUCGAGACUCCCUGCCUCGAGACCUGCCUGGUGUACGCACCAUCAUCUAUGGCUAUGAUACCGCUCUCAUUAAUAGUACUUCUUUUCAAACAAUUCAAGAUAUCUCUUUGACUCUGAUUCAUCAGCUGAAGGCGAAUGGUUGGGCCUCUCCGGGAUCAAAAAACCUUGUGUUCCUUGCGCAUAGCCUUGGAGGUGUGAUACUGAAAGAGGCACUGGUCUCGAUGGCCGGAAGCGGAGAGAGAGAAAAGUACGUGCUUUCUUUAACAAAAGGAGCGAUAUUUUUCGGCGUCCCGAGCCAUGGCAUGCAUAUAUCUCAUUUCUUGGCCAUGGUGGGUAGCCAACCGAAUCAAGAUCUUAUCAGAGACUUGUCCAGUGAUUCAACAUAUUUGAUGAACCUCGAUAAGCGAUUUGAAGGAAUAUCUGUUAUUCGGCAAAUGAAGCUCUUCUGGGCUUAUGAAACAAAAACGUCACCACUCUACACUGUAAUUUCAAGAUCCAGUUCCGAAGCUGUUUUGGUCACUCCCGAUUCAGCUACCCGCGGAUUGAUCUCUUCGAAUCCGGCUGCAACCAUACAGAUCGACGCAAGUCACUCCGAUAUUGUCAAAUUUGUAGAACACUAUCACAAGUAUGAUAUUAUACUCAGCAAGUUGAGGGAGAUCUGUGGCCAACGGCCUGAUCAUAUUGCACCCUCCCCCAUUGGCGCGUUCAGUUUGAACUAUUCAAGGCCCGUAGCUGACAAGCAUGGGAGUCCGGCGUCGCUCGUGGAUCCAAACGCAUGGGAUUACACAGUAAAGCGCCUUCACGCGCCACAGCGUGAUCAUCGACUGGAGCAGAUCGAGAAAAAAUUUGGUCACACCUUUGACUGGGUUUUUGACGACAGGUCUGUAGGUCUGUCAAAGUGGCUUCAAGAUGGUCAGGGCAUCUUUUGGAUAAGUGGCAAACCUGGUUCUGGUAAAUCCACGCUUACGAAAUUUAUCGUCAACGACCCACGAACGCACGAGCUCCGUAACCGUUGGACAUCGAAAGCCACCAUGAUAACCGCCAAUUUUUUCUUUCAUCAUCGAGGUUCCACGAUUCAAAAAUCCUUGUCUGGACUGCUUCGAAGUAUAUUAAGUCAGAUCCUAGAACACAAACCUAGAUUGCAUCUACAUCUGCGUCCAGUCCUCGAUGCGAGGUUUAUCCAGCUUGCAGAAGAGAACAGCCUAGGCCUAGAUCCAAACUUGAUUGGCGACCUUCAAAUGGCUUGGAAAAACUGGGGGCUCAUGUCUCAGGUUCAACAAGAUCCCUGGAGUAUAGGUACGCUAAAAAGUGGCCUGCGUCAGAUUCUGGAUCAGAAGCAAGACGAACUAGACAUCUGCUUGUUUCUAGAUGCUCUUGAUGAGUAUGAUGGCCAACCAGAUGUCAUUAGCAGGUUUAUUCAGGACCUCGCGCAACAAAGCCAUGAUUCGCCAAGUCGGAUCAGGAUCUGCUUUUCAAGCAGACCCUGGGACGCCUUUGUUGAACUUUUUAAAGAAGUGCCUGGAUUCAAGAUUCACGAGCACACAGAGGACGAUAUUGAGAAGUACUGCAUCGGUAAUAUCAAGACAAGCCAUAACUCUGAAACGCUGUCUGAUUUGGUUCCGGCAAUCACAAGGCGGGCGCGAGGAGUUUUCUUAUGGGUGAAAUUGGUUCUCCAGGACCUUACAAGGGACGCCGCAAAUGGAGCAACAGGAGAGCAGCUCAAGGAAACCCUUGGCUCGUUUCCGGAUGAUCUAUACACCUACUACACUAGGAUUGUGGAGAGAAUUGCACCUUCUUCUCGAUGGGCGACCUACUGCGCUCUAGAGCUUGUCUCUCGCUUACGGGAAGGACUGAGUCUCGUCAGUCUCCUAGAAGCUGUGAGCUGCUCACGCAGCCAAGACUAUCUAAACGGUAGAGAUAGAUUAUCAAAGUUCCGCUACAAAGCUUCUAGGUGGUCUGAUGACGAUUUUGAGGGCCAGAUACGAGUCAUAUCUGGAGGCCUUCUCGAUGUAGUGGCUGCAGAUGAUCAAAAAUCCAUACAGUUCAUGCAUCAAACAGUGGAGGAGUUUGCGGAGAGACCACAGCUUAAACAGAUUGUCCUUGGAGAUGAUUCGAGGGAAACUCAUGAGAACGGUCAUUCUAUUCUGGCCAAAUACUAUCUUUUAAUAUCAGACCCGAGACGAGCAAUCUAUCAUGCCCGGGCAGCAGAGCAGACUACAGGACGGAGUUUGAGUACGUUCAUUUCGAGCAUCCCUUCAGAGUAUCUGGAGUUGCCGUUUUCUCCGUUUUCUCCGUUUCGCCUGAAUGAAACAGCGAAAUUCUCGGCCCUGACCUUUGCGGCAUAUGGCAGGCUGCAGCUGUAUCUCAGGGAUGAAUCCCAAUCACAGCCCUCCCUCUACUCGACAAGUACAGAACCCCUUCUGAGCAGCCUCAUCAUGUCUCUAACCGAUGAUCGGCAAACCCCUCCGGAACUUGAGGUUCUGUCGACCAUGACAGCCAUUCUCAGUUAUGGAUAUUCGCCGCAAAAUGAUCGUAACCUCUUCAAACAUCUCCUUUCUGUCAUUUGGAUGUCUAACUUAGGUAUUGAGUCAGGACGGAUAAAGAAAUCAUAUCUUUGCACCUUAAUAUCGUUCCUCCUGGAUCACGGCUUAGAUCUUAACGAAAGAGUGGAACUAUUAAGGGCUGAUGACAUUAUUGGCGUCUUUAGGCCGCUUCAUUUAUGCACCCCAGUUGCGGCGAAGAUUCUACUUGAAAGGGGGGCUGAUGCCAAUGUGCUAGACGACCUGGGCUUCAGUCCACUUGAUUUGAUUUGUCUAAGGGCUACACAUCAUUUUGUCCGGCUGUCAGAAACGGAUCGCUAUGAAAUGGCCGCUCUUCUCACAAAACAUGGAGGGGGCCUCCAAAAAGCCACAGUGGACGAAUGGAGCAUGUUCGUGGCCUCGCUCGCUGGUUCUGGACUGGAUGUCACUGUUCUCAAGGGGUUACCCGUUGAACGGCCUAAGCGCCAUCGACUUACAGGUUUUCGUAAACGAAUAUUUGGACGAUGA